GUGCUGAUUCUGGCACCAGCAAUGCUGCAGCAGGCCUGCCAGCUUGCAAGCUGCAGCUCCGGCGAGACUCACAGAACCAGGACCUGUUCUUCUUUGAGCCCAUGGACACCAACAGCACUGCAGCUGCUGUACGCGCUGGCGUGAGCAGCAGGUUCUUCCUGGACCCCGAGGGCAGGCAGAUAGAUGAGCUGCAGAAGUGGCUGGGCCUUGUCGAGGAUGAGCACCGUAAUGGCAGACCCAUCCCACCGCUGAUCAUCAACGGUCUGAUCAAGUGCUCCAUCUACCUGCAGGUCCGGGACCACCGCUACAGCCGUGACAGCAAGGCCAAAUUUGAGCAGGACUAUGGGGCUCAGCCUGACAUCAAG